AUGCGCCGGAUGAGAGAUUGCCUCCUCUCUAUUGGUUUAUUCGAUCUUCCCUCUCACGGUCCUCUCUAUACCUGGACUAAUAAGAGACUUGCGGAUCCGGUGGGGAAAAAGUUGGACAGAUGCCUUGUAAACGACCAAUGGCUUCUCAUCUUUUCUGCAAGUCAUUGCUCUUUUGAAGCCCCAGAUUUCUCUGAUCAUACCCCCUGCCAUAUUCGAUUAUUCUCGGAGCCUCCAUCUUUUGGUACUCGCCCUUUCAAGUUUUUAAACUGUUUAACGAAGCUUCCAUCUUUUCUGGAUACAGUUUCAAGCGCUUGGAGUGAGGCGGGUACAGUGGCGGUCAACUGCGGUGAUCUCUGUUAUAAGUUGCGGAGAAUAAAAAAGGAUCUAAAAGCUUUAUCCAGAGAGAACUACAGCAAUAUUGUGAAAAGGGUUGCUGAAGCAUCCGAUGUUCUUGCAUCCAUGCAGCUUGCCUUGCUAAACGACCCCUCUGUUGUCAACUUAACCUGGGAAAAGUCCGCCAUGAGUAUCUGGAUUGCUCUUCGGGAAGCUGAGGAGAGCUUCUUUAAGCAACGAUCUCGGGUAAAAUGGCUUGCUGAAGGCGAUUCAAACACGACCUUCUACCACAACUACACCAAAAUCCGAAAUGCUACAAACGCCAUCAAGCACAUCCUAAAGGCAGACGACUCCACAACGUCUUCGCUCCAGGAGGUUCAUGAAGUUGCAGUUGACCAUUUCUCAUCUUUCAUGAAUACAUUCAGAGGAGUCUUCUGUCCUGCUCUCCCUGAUUUUCUAAAUGAUCUGCAGCCCUGUCGGUUAUCUGAAUCCCAAGCGGCUUGUCUUAUCUCCCCAAUCUCUUCGGAGUUGAUCAAAGAUACGCUCUUUCAUAUGCCUUUGGGAAAAACUCCAGGUCCAGAUGGUCUCCCGGCUGAGUUCUUCAGAGCAACCUGGGGCGCCGAGUCCAUCACUGAAUUCAGACCGACAGCUUGCCUGAAUACAACCUAUAAGAUAAUCUCAAGGAUCCUGGCUGAUCGCCUAAAGCAGCAUCUCCCGCAGCUCAUAACUCCCAAUCAAACCGCCUUUGUGAAGGACAGACUACUCCUGGAAAAUGUUCUUUUAGCUUCUGAAGUUCUUCUUGGAUACCACAAGGCCUCUUCCCCUCCCAGAAUUACUCUGAAAGUGGACAUAUCCAAAGCCUUCAACUCUGUUAGAUGGGAUAUUGUGCUCAGUGUUCUCCAGGAGCUAGGUGUUCCGGUGGCUUUCAUUCAGUGGAUUCGAGCUUGCAUUUGCUCCGCAAGCUUCUCUAUCAAUAUCAAUGGUGUAACUUCGGGUUUUUUCAAGAGCAAAUCCGGCCUCCGCUAA